AUGACGAGAAAGACCUACGCACCCCCGCCAGGCCCACCUCCAGGGUACUCCGAUGCAUCACGUCCAGGGAAUGGGCCCUUUACAGAGCCCGACAACGCCAGUAUAGGCCCGCUGCCCCCUUAUCACAACUGGCAAGAGACCGUCCCAGAUACAGCGACAUUCCCUCCGCCCCCAGUGACAGCAAACUACAUUUCCGCAACGGGCAACGCCUCUAGUGAUGACGCCGAGCGCGCGCACGAGUGGUGCGAUGCGUCUCCUCUCUGGAGACCCGUUUUUCCAUCAGCCCAUGUCUACCAGCAAGUCCAGAACUACCACAUACAGCACCUCAGGUCCUCUGAGUUUAAUGGGGAUCUUUCAAUGCACGACGAUCGUUGGAGGGGAUACACCAGAGACGGAAACAGCGACUGCAUCCUGACAACGAUGUUACCGCUGUACUUUGCAUCGGCAGACUCGCCCUUCGUCACGGAGAGAUACAAAACCAUCUAUUAUGAAGUCAAGCUGCUUGGCCUUCGCGCGGGUCCCUCACCUCAGGAUGCUAGCGGGCUGGCUAUAGGGUACGUUGCGCAGCCGUAUCCAAGUUGGAGAUCGCCCGGCUGGGAGCGGGGCAGUAUUGGUGUCUUCUCAGACGAUGGUUGUCGCUUUGUGAAUGACUCGUUCGGUGGAAGGGAUUUUACGACUCCGUUUCGGGUCGGGGAGACGGUUGGAUUGGGAAUGACGUUUCAGCUUCCUACGGACGUUAUUGAUAUUCGAGGAACCCUUAAACUUCGUACUCGCGUUUUUUUUACGCGGAACGGUCAACAUGUAGGCGAUUGGGACUUGCACGAAGAAAGAGAUGCAGAGGCGGGGGGGAUCGAGGGACUGGAGGGCGAUGUCGAUUUAUAUGCAGCGAUUGGGCUCUUUGGCGGCGUUGAUUUUGAGAUAUGUUAUCAUCCAAGAGGCUGGCUUUACUGCCCCGAGUGA